AUGAAACUUACGGUCAGUCGAGUACAGGAUACAGAUAAAGGUAAAAUUAAUUUGGUGUACAUCCCAUAUUCAAAUGAUUUUAUAGACUAUGAUUAUAUAAUAAUAGAUAAAUAUUACGUUUUUAAAUUCUCUUUUCAACAAACUUCUAAAAUACUUCUUAGUAAAAUACAAAGAGAAUAUUUAAAUAAAGUUCCAGACAAAGAUACUUGUAAAGUUGAUGUACUUAAAACAAUAGAUUGCGAUCAGAUAAUAUUACUAAGAUUAGAUGUAGAGCUAAUUAAUAUGUCACAUGAAAAUGUUGAUGCUGUUAAGUUUAUUGAACAGUUUUCUACUACCUAUAGACUUUUUCCUUUUAAUACUGAACAGAAACUAUAUUUUUAUUACAACAAUCUAGGAUUUGUAAUUCAAGUAAGAGAGUUAAUUACAAAUAAUGAUUCUGAUAGUGGUCUUUUAUUGAAAAAUACCGAAAUAUAUGUAAACACAAAUUCUUCUAAAAUGGUAUUUAUAAAUAAUAAUAAAGAUAGUUUGUUACUAGAUCCCAAUUUCGAUUUUGCAAAUCUAGGAAUUGGCGGUUUGAAGGCUGAAUUUUCCCAGAUGUUUAGACGAGCAUUUGUCCAACGGGUUUUUGAUAAAGAUGUUAUAAAAAAGCUUGGUAUUUCUCAUGUCAAAGGAAUUAUGCUUUAUGGUCCACCUGGAACCGGAAAAACUUUGAUUGCAAAAAGAUUAGGAAAUUUAUUGAAUGCCAGGCCACCUAAAAUUGUGAAUGGUCCUGAAAUUUUAAAUAAAUACAUUGGACAGAGUGAAGAAAAUAUAAGAAAUUUAUUUAAAGAUGCAGAAGAAGAAUGGAAAAUUAAAAAAGAGGAUAGUGGAUUGCAUAUCAUAAUUUUUGAUGAAAUAGAUGCUAUUUGUAAAAAAAGGGGUAGUUCUACAAAUUCGGGGGUAGGAGAUCAAGUUGUUAAUCAAUUACUUAGUAAAAUGGAUGGUGUUGAAUCUUUAGAAAAUGUUCUAGUAAUUGGAAUGACUAAUAGACUAGACUUAAUUGAUGAUGCUUUAUUACGACCUGGUAGAUUUGAAAUACAUUUAGAAAUAUCUUUACCGGACGAAGAAGCGAGAAAUGAAAUAUUUAAAAUUCAUACGAAAGCCAUGUCCGAAGCGAAUUAUUUUGAUAAAAAUGUAGAUCUUAAAGUUAUUGCAAAGUUAUCAAAAAAUUACACUGGUGCUGAAAUUACUGCUGUAAUAAAAAGUGCUGUGUCUUAUGCUUUAGAGAGAAAAGUACAUAAUAAGGAAAGUAAUGAAAAAAAUAUUAAUAUUGUCGGUGAUGAAAAUAUAUGUGUAGAUAUGAAUGAUUUUAUGAAAGCACUUGAUGAAGUUAAACCUUCUUUUGGAAUUAAUGAAUUGGAUUUUAAUAAAUUUCAAAGAACUUUUUACGAAACAACAAAUUUUACACAAGCAGUCGAGUUUGGAAAAGAUUUUUUACGAAAACUUAAAAACACUAACCUUUAUAAUACAUCAUCUUUACUUUUCUAUGGUGAUCCAGGUGUAGGAAAAACUAGUUUAGUGGUAAAAGCAGCAAGAUUAUCAAUGUUUCCGUUUAUAAAAAUGAUAAGUCCAAGAAAUAUAAUUGGUCUAAGCGAAUACGAGAAAGUGAACUAUAUAAAAAAUAAAUUUCUAGAUGCUUAUAAAAGUGAAGAGUCAAUUAUUAUACUUGAUGAUAUAGAAGGUCUUAUUGAUUUUGUAAACAUAGGUCCUAGAUUUUCUAAUGCUAUUUUACAAGCUAUAAAAAUUUUUAUAAAAGAAGAGGACAAGAAAAAAUUAUUUGUCUUUGCGACAAGUAGUAAUGUUGAAGUACUCAAAGAAUGUGGAAUCUAUGAAUGUUUCCAUGGAACUUUUGAGGUUAAAAAAAUCUAUCGAGAGGAUUUUAAUGAACUUUGUAAACAAAGUAAGAAUUUUCAAGAUAUUCCUUUCAGUGAACCGUGUUCUAUAAAAAGUUUAUUGUCUUUGUUAAAUGAGCCGGAUGUAUCUUUACAAUAA